AUGAGUGAUGACCAAGAUCCUGCCACAAUCCCUGCGGUUGGCACCCAGGUGAAGCUGAGGGGCUGGAGCCGUCAAGGGGAGGGGGGUGAGUCUUUCCAUUUCCGCCGGCACCAGGAGCUCCAGGCCUUCCUCAGCCUUCUGGAGCACAGUUUCCUCCAGGAUUUCCUCUCCAAAGAUCCCUGUUUCCAGAUUUCAGAUAAGUAUCUCCUGGCCAUGGUACUGGUCUACUUCCGGCGCGCCAACCUGCAGCUCAGCGAGUACACCCACAGCAAUCUGUUCCUGGCCCUGUACCUUGCAAAUGACAUGGAGGAAGACCUGGAGGACCCCAAAAGCGUGAUUUUUCUGUGGGCCCUGGGCCAAGAUUGGCAUCAUCGAGUGUCAGACUUCCUGUGUCAGAGGGACAAGCUGUGGGCACGGAUGGGCUUCAGGGCCGUUGUGAGACGCCAGAGCUGUGAGGAGGUCAUGGCCAAGGAGCCGACCCACUGGGCCUGGACUCGGGAGAGGCAUCCCCACCACGGCAGGGCUCAGAGGAGCUACCCAAAGGCCCAGAUCCCCCUCCCCCGGGGCCCCGGCCUCUCGCCACCCCACUGUCCCCUGUGUGGCUUGCCCCCUUGCCACAGCCACCGCUGCCACCACCCCUGCCCGUUGCCUGGCAUAUCCAAGUGCCCUUCCCAAGACCCUGAGCGGCACCGCCCUCCCUCCCAAGCUUGUCUCUCAGUGGCUGGAGACUCCUGGAGUGGGGCUUUCCUCAUUGUCCUGCCCACCCAGCUGCAACUGGAGCCAGGCACCUACACCCUCCACAUCUUCUCAAAGCUGCUGCCGUGCCCUCGGCGCUGACACUCGCAGGGUGAAGAACAGCCCAUCUGCUUGCCUGCUG